UUCCAGAGGAUCUGUGCCAGCUUUGUAACGAGCAGAAACAGACCGAGAUCACGGAGCUGGAAGGAGGACCGAUCCCGAACAUAUUUCUGGAAAACUGUUUGGAAAAAGACUUUAUGAUCGCGCUCAGCCCUCCCCAGUUUUGGAUUUGUUGAUCUGGAUUAUUUGGAAAAGAAUCUGGGAAUCGUUGUGAAUAUCGAUUUAAGAAAUCAGAGUAAAGACUACAUUUCCCAUGGAGCCGUGUGCCGUCCUGCUCUCUGCUGUGCCAUGGCGUCUCCAGUCAGGGUUUUGGACCCACAGAACCAGUGAGACACGAGAGGACCUGAUGUGUUGAUUUUUUUGUUGUUGUUUCACCUCCUCUAACCUCCCCUGCUGCUGCUGCUGCUGCUUCUUCUGAACCGCUUCCAGCUUCUCCUGCUCUGGACUGAAGUUAAACCAGGAUCCAAGCAUCUCCUCCCUCUGGAAAAGAAGCUGCUGUGUUGUUUUGGACCUGGUUCUGGCUGCAGGAUGGCGGUUCUGUCCUGUUUGGCUGUAAUGGUUGCUGCUCUCCUGCUGGGUCUAAGAGGUGACGCUGUAGGUCAGAACCUAGACCGCGUUCUGCUGGGGACCGGUGCGAAUCCUGAGGCCCGGCGUCCUGGAGACGACUCCACCAUCGCCCCUGAGGAUCUUCCUCGGUUCCUCAGCUGCUACUGCUCUGGACACUGUCCUGAUGAUGCCACGAACAACACCUGCCAGACCAACGGUCAGUGCUUCGCCAUCGUGGAGGAGGACGACCAUGGAGAAGCUCAGCUCACCUCCGGCUGCAUGAAGUAUGAAGGUUACCACUUCCAGUGCAAGGACUCUCCCAACGCUCAGACCAGGAGAACCAUCGAGUGCUGCAACACAGAUUUCUGUAACGAGAACCUGAGGCCCACGCUGCCGCCGCAGGUUCCCAUCGAGAGCAGCUCCCACUGGUUGGCCUUCAUCAUCUCCAUGACAGUCUGCUGCUGCACUCUGAUCUGCCUCACCAUCGUCUUCUACUACAGGUACAAGUGGCAGACUGAGCGUGAACGCUAUCCUAAAGACUUGGAGCAGGAAGUCUUCAUCCGAGGAGGAGAGUCCCUCAAAGACCUCAUCCACCAAUCACAGAGCUCCGGCAGCGGCUCAGGGCUCCCUCUGCUGGUCCAGCGGACCAUCGCCAAGCAGAUCCAGAUGGUUCGUCAGAUCGGGAAGGGCCGCUACGGCGAGGUGUGGCUCGGCCGCUGGAGAGGAGAGAAGGUGGCUGUCAAAGUGUUCUUCACCCGCGAGGAGGCCAGCUGGUUCAGGGAGACUGAGAUCUACCAGACGGUCCUGAUGAGACACGAGAACAUCCUUGGCUUCAUCGCAGCAGACAUCAAAGGUUCUGGUGCCUUCACGCAGCUCUUCCUCAUCACAGACUACCAUGAGAACGGCUCUCUGUACGACUACCUGAAGGUGAACACGCUGGAUGCUGCGGCGCUGCUGCGACUCGCCUACACCGCCGCCUGCGGCCUCUGCCACCUGCACACGGAGAUCUAUGGCACGCAGGGCAAGCCCGCCAUCGCCCACCGAGACCUGAAGAGCAAGAACAUCCUGGUGAAGAAGAACGGCACCUGCUGCAUCGCAGACCUGGGCCUCGCCGUCAAGUUCAACAGCGACACCAGUGAGGUGGACAUCCCUCUGAGCACCCGGGUCGGGACGAGGCGCUACAUGGCCCCCGAGGUCCUGGACGAGAGUCUCAACAAGAACCACUUCCAGGCCUACAUCAUGGCUGACAUGUACAGCUACGGCCUCGUCGUCUGGGAGAUGACCAGACGCUGCGUCACCGGAGGUAUCGUGGAGGACUACCAGCAGCCAUAUUACAACAUGGUGACCUCUGAACCCUCCUAUGAAGACAUGCUGGAGGUGGUUUGUGUUAAAGGACUUCGGCCCACAGUGUCCAACCGCUGGAACAGUGACGAGUGCCUUCGAGCCAUGCUGAAGCUGAUGUCAGAGUGCUGGGCCCAUAACCCCGCCUCCCGCCUCACCAUCCUCAGAGUGAAGAAGACGCUCGCCAAGAUGGUGGAGUCCCAGGACAUGAAGAUCUGAAGAAAAUCCUCAUCUUCCUCCUUCUUCCUCCAGAUUCACCUGACUUCACUCUACCUGGACUGGAUCAGACCGGACUGGACCGCUUCUCUCAGCCUGCCUCCUUCAUCUGGAGGAGGAAGAGGAGGAGAAACUGAGAGAUUAAAUGAGCUUCCUCAGAGCUGAAAUCUCCUCCUCCUCCUCCUCGUUCUUCAUCCAGAGGGAGACAGCUGAGCUCGAUGCUUUCUGUGAAAGCCAAACAAGACGAUAAAAUCCCUGAACUGAGAGGAGAUGAAUGGAGGAGAGGAGCCCAGUUUAGUUUUCCUUUGUUUCUUCUUCAAGACUGAGUUCUCCUGCCAUAAAGGAAGAUGUCUCCAUCUUCCAGCAGCUUCUUUCCAAACUAAAUGAGCUCCUCUGAUGACAUGAGAACUGAAACCUGGAGAUAAAUGUUUCUGUUAGAUGUUGAGCUUCACCUGAGAGCUCUGUGGAGUCCAGGAGACGUCUGCCGUCCUGUUUCUGUCUGUCCACUUCCUGUCAGUCUGCCUCAGUCGGGUCAGGUGGUAUAUGUAGGGGCGGGGCUACCGAUGAAGCUCCACAAACUGACUGAUCAAAGCAGGAAGUGUCAGGAGUUAGAGAACCAUCAGGUUCCUGCAGGUCUGCAUCACAAAGUCAGAUAGAAUAAAAUCUGCAUCUGGAAGCUUAAAAUGAGUUGAACUUCAGAGAAACUGCUGCCUGGAACCAGCUGCUCCUCUCUGAUGGAUCUUUGUUGAGUUUGUUAUGAGGUCACAUGACCUGCGUCCUCUCUGGGACCUCCAGCCUGCAGUUUGACCACCACAGAACCUGGAGCUCUAAUGAAGCCACCAGGGACAUAGGAUCCUUCGGUCUGGUUCUGCACAGUGACUGACCCGUUUACCAGAUCAAAUCCACCUUCUAAACACUCCAGAAGUCUCAACUUGAUGUUCUGAUCCGAGAACAGAAAUCAAACUGCUAACAGUUUCCCUCCACUUCUAGUCUUUGUGCUAAGCUACGCUAACAGCUCCCUGAAGCUGAAAAUGUGGGACUGUUCCUUUAAGUGGAGCAGCAGGACGUGGUGCACGCUGCAGCUCUGUGUUCACAUUCACAUGUUUCCUGUGUAAAAAUAAAAGGCCCGAAUAGGAAGAACCUCUGAUGUGGAAAUGUUCCAUGUUGUUCUGUUGUUGUUGGUGUUUGUACAGCUUCUGGUUUGGUGCUGCAUGACUUCAGCAAGAAGAUGAAGAACUGGUCUUCAGUCUGUCCAAGUGAGCAGUUUGGAAGUAAAGAAGCUUAUUUUAGUCCACAAA